UUUUUUUGUCAACUGAAGCUUGUUAUAGCAAAAUUACUCUCCAAAAAUGGAGUAGAGGUUCCAUACAACUGAAAAUACAGCCAAGAUGGCAAAAGGAAAUGUUGCAACAAACGCAAAACAUAAUGUAAAAGCAUGAUAGAUAGAAGGAAUCUUGACGCAAAUACCACACAGAAUGUAGAGAAGUCCUCGAUUAUCGACGUCAAUGUUGGUGAUGAGCGUAAGGAUGCCAUGUAAACUAGCAAGCACACACGAUGCUUCUAAACCCGAAAUUGUAACCAACGAUGUCACGAAGUCACGUGGAUAAUACGGGAGGCCUUCCGACAAGACCUUGAGAACACAUCCAUCCUGUAGUAAGGAGGAGGUAGAGGAGCAUAACCGAAUUGUACCGUUACGUAGGGAGACUUCAUAUGCUUCGACACAUAGCUUGCUCAUUUCACCGAGAAAUGAGAAAGGAAGUCUAGUAGCAAUAAAGUAGACUUGAUUCUCUGUAAAAGGACCGAAACUCUCCACAAAGGAGUAAUAUUUCAAACACAAACACGACCAACUAGAGACGGUAAACUUGAGAACUACCAAGGCAAAACGAAUUGCAGUUGUAAUUAACAGAGGUUUAGGAGUUCGUCCAAAGAGACUGCUCGAUCUAUUACCAGCCAGAGAAACGCAAUAAACUUGGGCUACAAGCGGGAGAUAGACUAAAUAAUCAUAAUCUUCCCAAAGGAGAACAAAGGAAGCCGGAUAACAGCCGGAAAGGAAGCUGCAUAAAGCAGUAAUGUUUCGAUUGAAACUGAGAGACAAACUCACACAGGUUGGAGUAAUGGUAACCAAGGCAUUCACAAAUCGGGAACAUGCCAGAUUCAGCCCAGAUGAAGGAGAAAUGGCAUGGGAGAGACCGAGCACUGACCAAGCGAGAAGGUUUGAAGGUCCAGAGAAUCUAGGAAAUCCAAAGUCGCACCACGAGCAAAACCGGUUUCAGGGAAGGUCUCACAGAGGAGAGCUUUGGUAACUUCUUGGUAAUGGUGAGAAGCGUUAGACAGCGAUGUAUCUGGAGAAGCGGCGGCGAAAGACGGUGAGUUCGCAGAUAAAUCCGGCGAGGAGGCGUAAACCAGUGAUGGGAUACCACGGUUGUCCUGCGACGAACUCUUAUGAGUAGAGUCGGGUCUUUCCACGGCCAGAUCUGAACUCGAAGAGGCACCAAAGAGAUGAGAGUGGAUGAAGCUUUUAGCGAGAAAACAGUAGAAAAUUACAUCGUAGUGGAGCUGGAGGAACACAUAAGAGCUUAGAUGUCGACGCCGGCGGCCAGAGGCACCACCGGCGUCAAGAUGUGGAACUUGCGGCGGCUCCUCGAUUCUCGUGUCUAGGAGAGUUUUAGGGCGAACCUCCUCAAUCGAUAUAUAAGUUUAGAGGGGAGCUUAUAUAGUUUAUUUUCUUAGUAGGCUGAGCUACGUACGAAUGUGUUUUAGCAAAAAUAAAUUGAAAAAGGUAUUCAUGCGUUUUAGGAAAUUGAAGAAUAAAGAUGAGGAUGGAGUAGUUGAGAACAAUGAAGGUCUGGCUCAGGCUUUGUUGGGAAGCUGCAAUGAUUGUGCAAGGCAGCUCCAAGCUUCUUCUUCAGGAAAAAGGGAAUGAACGACUGUGUUUAAUGAUGAAGUUUCCGUUCUAUACUUCGCAAACCUUUGAUCAUGCUGGACAUACCGAGAAGGACUUUGAUAUCAAUCUAGAUGCUUACAACGGUUACAGCAAGCUCUAUUUGAGUUUGAUGUUUGCUUUGCUCUAUGGACUCAGCUUUGCUUCUUUUUUAUCUCAUGUCGCCCUCUAUGACGGAAAGUUUAUAUGGGGGAUGUGGAAGAAGGCAACGACAGCAACAAAAGACAAUUUCGGAGAUGUGCAUUCAAGAUUGAUGAAGAAGAACUAUCAAGCGGUACCUCUGACCCAGAUCAGAGGUUUCUUCUAA